UUCAGGACUGCAUCCGAUGCGAGUGCUGUGGCCCGUUUUUGUCCCUUUCUCCCAGUCUGAAUCAGUUAUCCAAGCGACAGUCGCUGGAUCCAAGCACUGGCUGCUGUAAGUGCUGUGGGUAGCCCAGUAGGUGGCGCUCUUCCCUCCAAACCUGAAUUUCCAGUAUGGUGGCUGGGGACAGUACUGGAGGAGGUGUCAUCCUUUGGAUGUGAUAUUGCAAUCCUGACCUCUUGGUCAUUGAAAAUCCCAUGACACUGUUCUGCUCUAGGCUUCUACAAGCCUAAAAAUUCCCCUGUGGUAAGAUCGGUGAAGCAAUUUCUCACUUCCUUACACAGUCUGCUAUACAGCCAGGCUGCUGGUGCAGAACGGCCCCUACGUAUCGUCCAGGUGCAGGGCAGUAAUUCACGGGAGUUGAAGAGGGCUCCCCUUCUGUAACGUGUAAAGUGUUUUGAGAUGAAAAGCGCUAUUUACCUCCCACACUGUCUGCGCGGUUCGUGGAAAUUCCUCACAAUACAGCGGGAGAAGAAAGUGAAACCAUUUGUACAGUUGUUGUUGUUACACAAGUGCACUGACCGGGGCUUUCCUGGGCGGUACAGGGCACAGGUCCGCGUUACCGGUGAACGUAACUCUGGGCUGUUCGGGUACCGCUCGGCUCUGGAGCCCGACGGACAGUGACGCCCGCCUCGCCCUUCUACUGCACGGAGGAGGAGGAGAUGCCCAGGAAGAAGACCGCAACGCACAGCGAGGAGAAAACGAAACCCAGGGGAAGAAAAAAACGAGGGGUCCGCCGGGAGGGCGCGGGAGCCAGACGCUGGUAUAAAGCUUCGGGCGAGAAGAAGGCAGGCGGAUCGGAACCAGAGCGCAGCCCGGCCCGCACAGGGAUCGGUAAGGACAUGCAGACUCCCUGUGGACACAGAGUCAGCCACAGAGAAGUCAUCAGCUUAAUCAAGAAGUGCCUGGAUCAAAAGAGGCUGGAGUUCGGCUGCCCAGUUUGUGAGACACAAUGGGAAUGGAGGGAGGUGCGGAAUCUGGCGGAGCUGCCGGAAUCGGAGCUCAAGCCUCUGGAGGAGAAAGUGAACCAGAUCCUUCUGGAUUCUUCCCAUCUUUACAAGAAGUGCCCGACCUGUGACCACAUCCUGAAGAGGGCAGUAGAUACCUUUGGGACGCCCUGCCCCUACGUCAAGUGCCCACUGUGCUCCCAGAAACAGGGCAAGCCCCAUCUCUUCUGCUGGUCGUGCCACAGCCGCUGGCCCGUCCCCGAGUGCGCCAGCCCCGGGCAAUGUGCCAACUCCUCCUGCGAGCUCGUGGCCACCCUCCUGACCUGCCCAACGGUCACCGACUUCAGCAGCAAGGUGUACGGGUGCCCGAUCUUCCGCUCCUGUCCGCGGUGCCACAGCCUCAUCAUGCACGAAAAAGGCUGCAAAUAUGUCAGGUGCCAGAGCUGCAGGCACAGCUUCUGCUUCAUCUGCUUGGAGAGAAGCAGAAUUUGCCGAAAAGAUGAAGAGUUGUACUUUUCCUUAAUGUGCAAGAAACCCAGAGCUAAGAGACAGACAUUCUUCACCCAGAUGCCCAAGUAGCGCCAGCAUUAGGCAGCUGAGUUACUCUUCUACAUUGGAAUACACACAGUGCCUUGCUUUCAGUGACAUCCUGUUUUGAUGAAUUAUAAAUGAUGCACACACAUUUUUUACAUUGAAUAUUUUUAAUCAAAACAUGAAUGCUUUAUCUGAUCACUGGGGGUUGAUUUAAUUCAAAUGAAGUGUACAUUCUUAAUAAGACUUGUGUUUUUUAUGCACUUGAGAUUACUUAAUCUGAUUUCUUUCUGUCUAAAUAUUACUCAAAGAUUAACCUGCUUGGGUCUUGGUUUCACUUCCAAAAAUCACUGUCAUGUUACCAUUCUGUAAUGAGUCUUUUGGCUGAUGUCCUAGCAAGUAAAGACAGUUGUUUCGUAGAUA